AUGGAGACCCACACUUUCCCCCCCGAGUGCCUCCAGCAACUAAAGGCCUUUCCUUCUUGCACUCUGUCAGAAGCGCCAGAGUUCCUCGACAUGACAACGCGGUGCGUUGUGUGCCGGCGAAGCGCCACUCGCCAUCAUUGUCUGGACCUCAUGGGGGAGGAGUACGACUCAGAUGCCCUUUGGCGGGGCGAUUGCUCUUCUUGGCUCUCUUCACAAGGACACCAGUG